GAUGGAGGGAGGGGGACGAAGGCUGGGAUAGGGGGGCUGUAGGGAAGGACUCGGUGACCCCUGGCUCUCUGCGGUUUGGGGACAAGGAGCUGUCACGUGGCUGUCCCUCUCCUCCCUGCGGAAGUGAAUGCAGGAAACAAACCAGAGUUCUGGAGAAGAGGAGAUUUAACAGAGGGGGAGAGGGAUUCAGUAGCAAGCAGGUAGAAAGGAUUGUUCUCUCAGUAGCACCUGUGUGAGUUUAGCAUUUUCUUUCUCACCCCUUCUUGGGGCAUUAGCAAUGACUGGGCGCUACACCCAUGCCGUGGUCAGGGGUGUGCCCUCCUCCCUGGCACAGGAGGCGGAUGGGAAGAUCGAACUGGCAAGAGCACAAAGGGAGAGUGGUGUGUACUGUGGCAUUCUGAGGCAGAAGCUGGGCUUGCAGGUAGUGGAGCUUCCCCCUAAUGAGGACCUGCCAAGGGGGCAACUGACUGGUGACACGGCGGUAGUGAUUGCGGAUACAGCACUCAUCACUCGGCCAUGGAUACCAGCUAGAAGGAAAGAGACUGAAGGCUUGCAGAAGCUGUUCGAAGAAUUGAAAUUCCGGGUUUUUGAAAUCACAGAUGAGAACGCCACAAUAGAUGCCAGUGAUAUUCUUUUCACAGGGACGGAGAUAUUUGUGGGUUUAUCUAAAUGGACCAAUCUCAGAGGAGCAGAAAUGGUGGCGAAAACCUAUCAGGAUUAUGCCGUCUCUACUGUCCCAGUUCCGGAUGAUUUGCAUCUUAAAAGUUUCUGCAGUAUGGGGGGCCCGGACACCUUAGUCAUAGGAAGCAGUGACACUGCAAAGAAAGCACUCAAGGUGAUGGAGCAGCUGACAGAUCAUCAUUACGAGACCCUCACUGUACCGGACGAUCCUGCCGCUAACUGCAUUUACGCUCGAGUGGGCACCAAAACGAAUGUGCUAAUCCAUCGCAGUGCUGACGAGUACCCAAACAGCGUCCAGGUCUUCCAGAAGCUCACAGAUUACACCCUGGUCCCUGCUUCCUGUUCAGAGGUGUCCAAGAUUGGGGGCUGUCUGACGGCCUGCUCUAUACUAAUAAGCCGCAAGGUGGAGAUAUAAACUCAACAUAUCGGCCGGGCCAAGGGAGACCUGCAUAGAUGGACAGCUUUCCUCCGUGUGAGUGUGUAUGUACACUCACUCCCUCUCAAUGUGCAUAAAUAGAGUUCAAACUUUAGAUAUAUUAAGUGCAUUAAACGGAGAUAAAUGCGUUCUUUUUAUACCGUACGUGCGUGUACAUACACAUCACACACAAUGUGCUUAUUAAGUGCACAGAUUUCUACAGUGAACGCUGCCUGUAGAGUUCAGUAUUUUCUGGCUAUAGUUACUUUUUAUUUUCUCUCCCCCCCCCCCCCUUAAUUAAAAAGUUGUGGAUGUUCUUUGUUUUGAAAAAUCUUGAAUUGUUUUUGCACAACCCCAGUCUCUUCCAACAGCCUGGAGUUUUGGCUGUUCUGAGUGCUUAGGAGUGAUCAGUUACCCCCUCCAGCUGGUGCCAUUUCUGAUAAGUGAUGCCCCGCUUAUUUGAGCUGUGAUCGAUUUACCAGAAUAUAAACAAAUUCCUCUUAUCUCUGCCGUAGGAUCAGCGUCCCCGUUUACAACAUUUUGAUGUCGUUUCCAGUAUAUCCCCUAAAAACCACCAGUCACUUUUAACAGUCCUUUUUAUUACAUUUCGGUUAAAACUUUCUUUUCCACUCAUAAACACUCAGCCUCUUGCACUGUGGUCAGUUAAUGGGAGCACAUUUAACAGUGCUUAAUUUCAAAGUCUUUUUGGUGCUAAAAUGUUAAAGCCCCUUUAACGCAUCAUAUCAUACAGACUCCAUUAUGCCCCAACUCUGUUAUUUUUACACAGAGCUGAGCUUCCACUGUUCAAUAUUUUUAGGUUUCAUUAGACUUUGCCAUUUCCUCAGAAUCCGCUCCUCGAUCUUGGAAUUCUGUCUGAUCUUCUUUUUAAUGUUUUGUAAUUACUCCACCUUAAAUAUUUCCAUUAUCUCAAUUAGAAUUUGGGGGGUAUGUAUUUAUCACAAUCAGUAUUAAUGCAUCUACUAUAGUGUGGUUUUUCUUGUGCCAACAAAGUGAUAUUUCACCAAAUAAGACCUAUCUGUGCCUGCACCUUUUUUUCUUUCCACAUUUCGGUGGUUUUCGUUCAGAUUGUGGCUUUGUCUUUGUAUAUGAAAUGCAGAACGGCUUCACAACAUGAUUCACAGUCACAGCUGAAAGCCUUUUCCUGAGAGAUGCAGAUUGCUUCAUACACAAGAAAAUGACGCGUGCACAAUGGUAGGGAUUUCCAGAGAGAUUCCCCCCCUACUUUUAUACCUCCACUCUUUCAGUCCCCCAUCUAUAAUAUACUGGAAACAGAACGAUUGUGUUUUUAUAUUCCUCUGCGUUUAUAAUUAAAGAGCUUCAAGAACAAAUA